AUGGACCCCUCCAUCAACCGGAAAGGAGCACGCGCAGGCAGGACAGGACGGACCGUGGGCCAAGCAAGCAAGGCGGCGCUGCUGUCGCUUUUGUCUGCUUCGACACUUGUCUCGGCGCAAUCAGGUUGCGUCUCGAUACAGGGAUCAACACAAUGCCCGGCCUUCCAAUCAGCCUCGGUCUCGACAACGGGUUUCGUGGCAGGAUUAUUCCCGUUUCUGCAAUUCGUUUCCAACAGGGAGACAUUCGACUCACAAUUGCAGUCGUACAUCGAGACAACAUACGUGCGCGAGAAGUACCAAACACUACUUGGUUGCAGCAACGUCAAUCUCACAAAUUCGACCGAGUUGUACGCUCGUUUCACGACAACAGUCGUCUGCAACUCCAUCGUUCAGAACUCGAUAGACGCCUGUAAUCUCACAGCCUCCAACUCGAGACCCGUGUGCGCCGACACAUGCGCUGAAUAUGCGCAAAGUGAGGCGCUUCUAACCUCAGAAAGCAGUCUCUGCAGCAACCCGAGUAGCAACCUCGUUAACCAGAUUCGCGCUGACUUCACCAACUGCGCACUUCCUGCCGGAUCUCUAUCUUCGUCUAACUGCAUUCAAGGCAUCAGCAACGAGAACAACAACUGUGGUUACGGCAACAGCACCGUGGGCUUGUGCUCGUAUUGUGCUUCUGGCGGUAUUAACUCUACCGACACAUGCUGCUACAACUCGAACAUCGACGAGCGAUGCAAGGGCGUCACCCUGCCGUCUAUCUUCCCUACGAUGACAUUCACACCUCCGACCGCCACUGCGUCACCGACCUCGACGAGCACCCCGGCCGCAGGAGGGGGUCUUUCAGGCGGCGCUAUCGCUGGUAUCGUCAUUGGCAGCGUGGCAGGAGCACUGUUGCUUGCUGCUCUUAUCUACGCGUGUAUCCUGCUUGCUAGGAGACGAAGACGUGGAAGCCAGAGCGGAAGCAUCUUCAACCAACCGUCACCCUCUAGGAAUGGGCCGGCCACGGUUAAGAUCCCACCAGCCCAGACCACGACCGGAUAUGAAGUGUUGCCUGGAGGCCGUAUCGCGCGCAUGUCAGCCUUGGAGAGCGCAUCGGAUCCAGCGCCACCCGUCAGUCGCAGCAAUGCUCCUCUCGCAGCCGCUGCCGCAGGCGGAGCAGCCUACAUGGGAGGUCGAAGGAGAGGAGACGACCCGUCGUCUUCUGAGUUCGGCGACAGCCCUGAAUCGGAGGUCAGAGCUGGGGUUUUGCGACCCCCUCCCACUAACAUUCGGAGGACGGGAUCUCUGUCAAGCAGCUCAGUCCUCACCGGUAUGAAUGAUCCUCAGUCACCAACCAGUGCCGGAAUGUCCUCUCCUCAAGGAAUGGCAAGCCAGCAAUCGGAGCAGCUACCCUUUUUCAAGGAUUACUAUUCUCAGGACGAUAUCCACCCCGGCGAUAGAGUCGCAACUCUCUGGGCAUAUCAACCCCGCGCUCCGGAUGAGUUUACGCUAGAGCGUGGCGACAUGCUCAAGAUUGUUGGAAUUUGGGAUGACGGGUGGGCGACUGGAAUUCUAUUGGAUGAGCGGGCCGAUGAAUGGGAAUCUCGACGACAAGCGCAGCGAGACAGCGGCGUAUCGAACACGUCCGGCCGACGAGACGAAUCACCACCAGUCAGCGGCGAGAUCAAAGCCUUCCCUCUCGUAUGUGUGUGCUUGCCGGAGCACUGGAGGAAGACUAUCGAAGGCGAUGUUUCGACGGAAGGCUCCAGCGCUCAUCAAGGCCACUCUACCCUUUCCUGA